AUGACACUCCGAAUGAGCUCUACUGAAGUGGUGGCUGUAGACGAAAGAGAAAACAGAGAGAUCCACAGUUUGAUUCAUCUCAGGCUCGGGUUUCAGGAUGAUGAUGUCACAGACAGUGAGAUGAUCCAUGUGUCUCUUGAUGCUUUAGUUUGUAGAGGUGGGACAGCUGUACAGUCCCUUGAAAAAGACAGUGAGGGGAAGCCACUGUUGCAGUUUUUUCCACCUUUUGUUUCUGUUCGUACCAUCAGCCAGCUCUCUAAACUGCUGCAACUGGCAGCUGACAGGAAGCGUCAAGAGCUCCAAGCGUGUCUAGAAGAAAAUAGAGACCUCAUAGCUAAGAUUGUUGGCCAGCGUCUCGUCAACACACCAGAGGAAAACCUCUCAGCUCUGGAGUUAGAUAUCAGAGUCAAGCUGUUUAUCCUGCUCAAACACAUUGAUGAAAAGAUCCUCAACAAGUUUGUUGGAGAAAUAGCAAAACAAGUCAAGCUUUUACCCACCGCAGUGGAGGAGGAAGUGGAGUUCUUGAAACAGUACUGCACUGAAGGGGGGAAGAGGCUGCUGAAGUCACUAAGAUACACAUCAGGUUGAAAUCUUCUUCACAAU